ACAAAACGAAGAAGAACGUUCAGUUCAAAAUGGCGCAAGGAAAGAAGAAAUUUAAUGCUCAGCGUCCUGGAGGCAACAAAAAACCCCAACAAAACAAACAGAAAGGACCAAAGAAGGGAGGAAGGAUCAUCGCACCCAAAAAAGCUAAAGUGGUUCAGCAGCAGAAGCUCAAAAAGGGUCUUGAUGUUGCAAUCAGGAACAAGAUUGAGCAGGAGGUGACCCAAAAGGCCAGCUCCUCUCUCCAUAAGCCGCUGUCUGUGGUCAAAGGAGCAGAGAGGAAAGGAAACCCAGGAGCUGCUCGUCCUGGAACCAGCUCUAAAUAGGACCAGUUACCACAGCAUCGACUGCAAACCAUAACCUAACCAGGUUGUAACUAACUGUUAUGGACAUUACAUGAACCUCCACCGAGGUCAGAACAAGAAUAUCUAAUUAGUACGAAGAUGAAGUUGAUCCUAGUUGCCACAUUUUGAUAUGACAUGUCAGUUUGUCAUUUCAGCUUGAAUAUGAUUGCGUCAUCCUGUCAGUUUUAUGAGAAUUAUCAAAGUAAAUAAAGUCAAGAAGGAACUGGGCAAAUAUAAGAAUUUUUCUUGUAUAAACCAUCUUUGUAAAUUAUAUUUUUCCCAGUCUGACUGUGAGAAACCUUCAGGGUCCUACUUGAAUUCUAACAUAAAAUGAGAUUAUUUAAAGCACACGUGUCAAACUCAAGGCCCGGGGGCCAAAUGUGGCCCUCGUUGACAUCUUCUCUGGCCCCCA